GAACGCAGUGUGUUUUUUGCACGUUGGUGUAGAGAACGUAGUCUGCAUAGAGUUUGUAUACUUAUUUUUGUAGACUGCCAGUGUUUUAAAAAUGACUGUGUGCUUGCGGUAUGAGACAAUAUCACGUAAAAUGCCGAUACUCACCAAGUGUUGCUUCUGUUUCCCCCUCCACACCGGCUGCUUCGUGCUAGGGUACAUCAACGUGGCCUUCAACUCUAUCCACUCCAUCUUCUUACUGGCCCUGACCGUCAUUCUCGGGGUCUCCACUCAUGGCUUCGACCACUUCGACUACGGCGGUGGCGAUGACCCUGUGCUGUCUGAAAAACUGGACGAUGUGAAGGAUCUAGAGAGGCCGGCAAUCCAGAGGCUAGCCUUGUUCCUGUGUCUGAUGCUCCUGGCCAACCUCAGUUGGCUGACUGUCAACGUCGCCUGCUUGUACGGACUGCACAAGAAACGGCCAGGUCCAAUACUGGUCUACGUAGUGUUCGCAAGUCUCCGGAUCCUGGCGUCCAUUGCUGGCUCGCUCUACUUCAUCAUCACCAGUGACGGUCUCCAGCCUGUACACAACGCGGCAAUGUACGUCGUUGAUAUUGUACUUUCUUCAUACUUCAUCUUUAUCUACUUUAUCUACGCGAGUCAAAUUGAGUACGAGAGAAAACAAAACAUUAUGAACGAACAGACUCCGAACAACAAAGUAUGCGAAGGAGAGAUCGCUUUUGUGUAUAAGUCUAACAUUGAAAAGGAUGUGCUAGUUUCAUAAUACUUAUAUUUUUUAUCUAAAGCAGGGAAAUAAUUUAUUUUCAAAGUUUCAAUCUAUCGCUAUAAAUCUUAACUGGCAGCGUCCGCCGCAGGUCUGUUAUUGACGUUUAACGCGCGUUUUACCCAUCACAGCGCCGUAUUUAUGGCGAAAA